AUGUGGCUGUCGCGCUCGAUACUUUCGCCGGCCAUAGCCCUCCUGGGCUGGUCAGCCCUCUACCAGCCCGCAGCCGCCCAAGUCACAACUGACUGCAAUCCCAUGAACAAAACUUGUCCGCCCGACCCGGCACUUGGCACAGAAUACUUCUUCAAUUUCAACCGGACACCGCUCUUCCAGGCCUGGGAGACAAAAGUCGGUCCUGUGACAUAUGACCCCGAGUAUGGCGCCAAGUUCACCAUCAACAAGCAGGGAGACUCUCCCACAAUCCGCUCUCGCUUCUACAUCUUCUGGGGCCGUACGGAGAUCAUGCUCAAGGCCUCCCCUGGCACCGGCAUCAUCAGCUCUGUCAUGUUCCUGAGCGACAACCUCGAUGAAAUAGAUUGGGAGUUUUUUGGCGGCAACACGACCGUUGCCCAGAGCAACUAUUUCGGCAAGGGUCUCCAGGACCACCACAACGCCGGCUAUCACGUCAUCGACGGCAAUGUGCAGUCAGACUACCACAACUAUACCACCGUCUGGACUAAGGAUUACCUGGAUUUCUAUGUUGACGGUAACCGCGUCCGUAGGCUGCUCCCUGAGGACGCAAAAGACGGUUAUACGUAUCCACAGACCCCCAUGCGCUUGUCGCUUGGUAUCUGGGCUGGUGGCGACCCGAGUCUUCCGGAAGGCACUCGUGAGUGGGCUGGUGGUACCACGGAUUAUUCUCAGGGCCCUUUCGACAUGUACGUCAAGAGUGUCUACAUUGAGGAUUUUAGCAAGGGCGCCAAGGAGUAUGUUUUCACCGACAAGAGCGGUUCUUGGGAGAGUAUUAAGAUCGUCGAGGGCAACUCAACCGUUUACGAAGCCCUUCACAAAGAGCCUGAAAAGACCAUCGCCGAACGCUGGGCCGACUUGCCACAAGCUGCCAAGCUCGCCGUCUACAGCGGUGCUGCUGCCCUCGGUGCUAUCAUGAUCGGCUCUGCCCUGCUGUACUGCAUCCGCCAGCGCCGUCGCGGUGCCCGAGAGGCCAAGCUCGCCGAACAACGUGCCGAGCAGGAGCGACUGGAGCUUGAGCGCUUCAAGAAGGCCGGUAUUGAUCCUGACAGCUUCGCCUCCAACGCCAGCGAGUACAACGCCAAAGAGAUGCGCCGUGAAGGGCUCAUGGACGAUGAUAGCUACAGCAUCUCGACUCCCGUCAACCCUGCCUCGCCGCUCGACAAUGGUGCCAACAACUUGAACCGUGGCUCUGCCGUCGGCAUGACCGUUACUACUGGCGCUGGCGCUGCUGUCGGUGCUGCUGCCGCUGCCGUUCCUCCUUCUCCCCACAGCCCGACAUCCCCUCGCUCUCCUCAUGGGCCAAUGAGUCCGACCACCAACGGCCCCCCGAAUCGCAGCUUCACUAGCCCGGCUCCUGGCCGUGUGGCUUCCCCUGCGCCAUCCCAACGCAGUUUCACUGGCAUGGACCGGUCUGCUAGUCCUGGAGUGGGACAGCCGCCUAGGAGUUAUACCACUGGGCCCGGAUUUGAAGGUGGUGGUGGGAACCAGGGGUAUUGGGGGAAUAAUGGUGGGAAUCAAGGUCGCUUUAGGUGA